CUAAAUGCACUUGUCGUGCGAAGCCAAUUACAUAUAUAAAUAAAAAAAAAAGAAACGGUUUAUAGUUUUGCUUGGCAUGGUAAGUUUUAUUACAAAAUAUAUUAAAAAAGAUUCUUUCAUAUGUUAUAUACUAUACUAUAAACUCCUUUUAUGAUAAAUCAUGAAGCAGUUGUAUCUAUCUCUGCUGUUAUUAGUUUGCAUGUGGAGUAGUUUAGGAAAAAAAUUUAACAAUGAAGAAAAACCAGAAUGGGCUAAAAAAGACAUUCGAGAUUUUAGUGAUGCUGAUAUGGAAAGACUUUUUGAUCAAUGGGAAGAAGAUGAAGAACCAUUACCUGAAGAUGAAUUGCCUGAACAUUUGAAGAAACCACCAGCACUAGAUUUGACUAAACUUGAUAUGUCAAACCCAGAAUCUGUUUUACAGGCAACUAAAAAAGGUCAAACGUUGAUGAUGUUUGUAACAGUUGCUAAUAAGCCAUCUAAAGCCAGAACUGAAGAGUUAACAAAAAUAUGGCAAACUAGUCUUUGGAGUAAUCACAUACAGGCAGAAAGAUACUUGAUAGAUGAUGACAGAGCUAUAUUCAUGUUCAAAGAUGGUUCACAAGCUUGGACUGCAAAAGAAUUCCUUCUGGAACAAGAAGAAUUGAAAGAUGUACAGCUUGAAAGUCAAACAUAUACUGGGAAAAAACCAGAUGUCAGAAACAAAGCUGUAAGAGAUGAGUUAUAGAUCUGAAAUACAUUCCCAUCUAUUUAAGGCAAUAUUUAAAACAAGUUGUAAAUAUCUUGCUAUUUUUAUUGAUUUAUCAAUAAGUUUAUCUUAAAACCAACCAACUUGAAAUCAAAUACAAGAGUACUGAUUAUUUGCAGUUUUAGUUGAGAUGUGAGG